AUGGCCUCAAGCGAGCAUCCGGCGGUUGGCUGCAAGACUUGCGCCUUCUUUUCAGAGGCCAUUCUCAAGACCAUUCGAGGAGAAGCAGUCGGUGAGAACAUCAUCAGACUCGCCGCAAGUUUCGAUCCAAAAUGUGCCACCUGCAAAUACACCCUCGACUCCUUCGCUCGUCUAGCGCCAAACUCGCCCCUCCAACUGACCUGUCCUAUGCGACUCGAUUGCUUUCCCCAAAAGCGAUUCUUCUUUCGAACCGGAUGUGGUUGCUGGGACCACUCAGCCUAUCACCUCGAGCUGCUUCCCUCAUCAGAACUUGCUCCGACCUCAGUCCACUACAAGAUCAUCGACGCAGACACAAUCGACAUCAGCUCCCUCAAGCGAUGGCCGGAAUACUGCGAACAGCACCAUGAAGACUGCCGACCCACCCCCACUCAACCACCCGUCACAGACAUGAUCCUAAUCGACGUCGACGAGCACCGCCUCGUCCAGUUCCCCGGCACCCCCCCAAAAUACACCACCCUCAGCUACGUCUGGGGCGUCCUCCCCGACAUCCUCGAAACCCGCAUCUCCAACUUUUCAACUCUCCAGCUCCCAAGCUCUCUCGCUUCCCCAGAGAUCCUCCCCCGGCUCCCACUGACAAUCCAAGACGCCAUCAAGGUCACGCGUGACAUGGGCGAGCGCUACCUCUGGGUGGAUAGACUCUGCAUCAUCCAAGACGACGAGGCCAACAAAGCCCAGCAAAUCGCCUCCAUGGCCUCCAUCUACGCAAACUCCCAGUUCACCAUCAUUGCCGCUGACGGAGCCGAUGCCAACACUGGUCUCCAUGGCGUGGGCUCUUCCCGCCCCUUUCCGGACCUUCCAAUCCUGGAGUUUUCUCCCGAGUGCCGGAUGCGUCCGGGGCCGGAGACAGAGGAGGCGAGGUAUUUCACCACGUGGCAUAACAGAGCUUGGACGUUCCAAGAACGGUUGCUGUCGAGGAGGUCGCUCGUUUUUUUUAGGGGGAGCGUGAUCUGGCAGUGCAAGUGCUCCGUCUGGGUUGAAGGGGCCGCCGCGGAGCCGGAUGGGAUGGUGGUUGAUGAGACAUGGAGGACGGAGAAGAAAAGGCCGGCGCAUCUGGCGUUUGAUAGGCACUUCAUCUUUGAGCUCAAGACCCCCAAGAGGCCCGACUUUCGCUAUUUCGAGGGGUUGGUGAGGCAGUAUCAACGGAGGAGGAUGACGUACCAAGCAGACGGUCUUCGGGCCUUUUCUGGGAUUCUGGAUGUCCUCAGCCGGACUUAUGAUGGUGGUUUUCUGCACGGGAUGCCAAAGAUGUUCUUCGACGUGGCCAUGUUGUGGGAGCCUCAGGCGGGGUCAAAACCGAGGCUUGUCGCGCCGGGGAGCAGGGAGCUGAUGUUUCCUAGCUGGUCGUGGGCUUCGUUCCAGGGGAGUGUGGCGAACAACUUGAGCGAUCACACUUUUGGGAACAACCCUUCGAUCGAGCUGACUCCGGUGGUCAGGUGGUAUCAUGCUCCUGCUGAUGAGCCGAUCAGCUUUGUCAAUCUCACUCCGCAUCUCGCUCGGAUGUUCAAGCAAGGGGGUGUUGGGGGGUUGGAUUUGAAGUUCUUUGAUGUGCCGACGAUUGAUACAGGCGGGCUUACGGUGGAGAAGGAGAAGUUGGGUUGGCUUCUUCAUGGGAGUGUUUCGGUGGCUUCUUUUCGGGUGCAGCCUGAGAAAGAAGAGACCAGCAAGCUGGUCAGGGUUGCGUGGGAAGAAGAGGUGGCGCCGUUUGUGAACUACCAUUUUGUGGAUAGUUCUGGGAAAAUAGUGGGCAGGUUGAAGGUUCCUUUCACGAGGGAGGAUCCGGUUUUGGAAAAGGAUACGCUGUGUGAGUGUAUCGUGAUAUCGGAAGGGAAGGCAUACUACACGAGGUCGAAGUGGCUCAAGGAGAUAUACCUGCCGGAAUGGGGACUGAACGAGGAAACCCGUGAGCUGGAGGAGUUCCAUUUUUACAAUGUUUUGUGGGUUGAGCGGAGGGAGGGAAUUGCAUAUCGAAGGGGAUGUGGUACCAUUUGGAAGGAGGCCUGGGAUCGACAGAACCCAGAGGUGCGGGAUAUUGUCCUCGGUUGA